AUGCGUCAAUUUGACCCCCGAAUUACCAGCAUCUCAUUCUGCGGAAAGAAAUUUGCCCGCAACCAGGUCAUGGAUACCCCCACCAGCGCUUCCAACAUAGACACGUGGCGACCAUCCUGGGAGCGAGAGCCUCAAAUCAACGAUCUUCUCAGACCCUAUAGCACAGCGGCUGUAGUCUACGAUGGGAACAGACUUCGGCCAGAACUCUGGGACAUCUGCAAUGGAUGCAUUCUUUGGCUGCCUCCAAAAGCAGACAUCAGUAAUUAUCUGGAUUCCAGUCUAUCCGACCAGGAUCCAGGCUUCUUCAACCAUCCGAUUCUCGUCCUCAACAUUGACAUCACCGGUCCCCGAAACGCCACGGUCCAAUUUGCAACAAUGACAAGACUAGGCAACCGAUUUCGGGAACGCAUGGAUGCCUCUCAAUGGGAUGCAUACAUCCCCGUAUCUCCAGCAAGCCCCCAUCCAAACAGUGGCUUAUUGCUUCGCCUCGAGAAUGAGAAGCCUAAGCGGGGCAUGGUAGACAACUGCUACGUUUCCAUCCGCGAAGGGGUAUCCAGCCUGGACUACAGGGCGCUUCGGUGUUACUCGGCCGCUCAGAAGGCCGACGGCUAUCGGCAUCGUCUCAAGGAAGAAUCUUUUGAUCAGGUGAUGCGUGAGCUAGGCCGUAGCCCGAGCGCGUGGAUUGAGACUGCGGCCUUGUGGGAGGAGUUUCUUCAAAAGCGUGUUCCUGCUCAGACGGAAAAAGCGUUUGAUGGAUAA